AUGAACAACUACAUCCUAAAUGGCUCGCUGGAGGAUACGCCGAAAUAUUCGUGCCGAAAUGCAACAUCUGAACCUCAAAGUCCAAACGCGCCCCUUGGUAUAUUCUACAUUGUGGCUGGCGUUGUCGUGCAGCUCGCCUAUCUAACCUCCCUCCUCGGCAUUGGCCGAAAAGAGAACAUACAGUAUCCUGCCUACAAGCUCAUGUUUGCAUUGGCCAUAUUCGAUCUUUUAAACAUUCUUGUUUGUGGAUAUUGGAUGGGAUAUUUUACGAUUUACGGCUUUCAUUUUUGCGAUCGACCGACUGAGAUAUACCUCACCGGCGUUUACUGUUGUUUAUUCUUUAAUGCCACUUGCCUUACUUCCGUCUCUCUACUUUUUAAUCGGCUGCUUGAUGUGGCUGAAUUCCGAUGGCGGGAUGUGUUGUUUAAGGGCAACGCUAUCUACCUCUUCAUCUUUGGUCCAUUCCUCGUUGGGCUCUACUUUUGCACAUUUGAGACCCCGGUACUAUUCAAUCCUGAUUACGGAACCGUCAUCUUCUAUCCUAUGAUACCUGGUAAUAUGGAUCAUGAGUAUAACUUCGACCACCAGGUGUACCUCAACAAUUUCGUUGCCUUUUCGCUGGGAGUUUGUAGCAUUUUGAUUUAUGUAAUUCAAUGGCGUAAAGAAAAGAUGAUGGGCGUGAAGAUGGGAUCGUAUCGGCAACAGAUCCUCCGCCAAGCCAUUCUCGUCUCGAUGUUCGUCUUCACCACCACGCUAAUUUGGAGCAUGCUCGCCAUCAUCCCUCCGGGUCCACUUGCGAUGGCAAUGAUGCAUAUUGGGCAUAUUUCGUGGAUGUUGAUGCAUAGCACGCCUGCCCUGGUAUAUCUGAGUUUCAACGUGACGAUCCGUAACCACGUUCGUCGGACCCUUGGAAUUCGCGGCACGUCUCGAAUUUACCAUUCCGGAAGCGGAGCCGUCGGAUCGGACAAUCUGACA